CGGAUAUGCUACUCCCAACAUAUUAUUUGAGGGGCAUCGUUGUAACUUGCACGCAACACCAAAACGCCGAAAUCUCUCUAAUCUCUAUGCUUUUGCUGGUAUCAUAGUUUAAAUCGCUCUGCAUUUCCUCCUCCAAGGAACACAAAAGACGAAGAAACUUUCCACAACUGAAGCUAUGGAUUCUCAUUGUUCUGUAUUGAAAGAAUUAUGGAUUCAAUUUCGAGCUUCCGCGAAUUCGUUUCUUGCAGAAUUCGAGCCUCUGGCUCUGCUUUUCGCUCCUCUAUUCACUCUCUUUCUCGCACGCAUCAUCCAGUCGUUUCUCGGCGUAAUUCGCGAGAAAGGACUUAAAGCGACUUUCAUAGGGCUUUUCAUGACCUUCAUCAAGUUGGUUCCCGGUGUUAAGAGUUACAUCGAUGCUGAGAAGCAGAAGGUUGUUGAUAAGUUGCAGUCUGGCAGUAAAUCUAAGAGAGAUGGUUGGAGGACAGAGUUGCCAGUAUCAGGUUUAGGAGUAGAUGUUAUAGAGAAUAUGAAAGAUGAAAAAAGGAAAGAUAGUACUUGGCAAGGAAAAUGUUCUGCUACAUUGGAGGAAGUGAAUAUGAAGGACAUUUUUCUUUGAUAAAUGAGGCAUGCUCAAUGUU